UGAUCCUGUACCAGUCGGGAAAGAAACGGAGAAGGAGAAACGUACUGUGCUUUCUCCUCUCCGAGUCUCGUACGUUCUUGUUGCAGGGGAAGGAAGAACAAGUGUCGAUAAAGUGUUAAUAAGUGUGACGGAUCCAUCAGGACUGGGAGUGAGUGUGAUUUACUCGCUUGAGUAUUGUGGUCCCCACAAAAUUUUGUUGCGGUCAAGUGAGCCACAAUAAUGGGGAAAAAGAAGUGGAAGAAUAAUUCCCGAGAUUCAGAAUAUGAGAAGAGUGACAAAGAGGCAGAUAAAGUCCACGAAAAGGCACAGGCGAAAGAAGAUGCCGGGAAAGGAGAUCAAGAGCAGAAUGAAAGAUUGGCUGACAAUGGAAACAAAAAUGAGGGAGAGGCAAGCCCACAGAACAAGAAACAAAAAACAGAAAGAGAAAAAGUCAAAGAACACCAAGUAGAUUACCACAGUGAAGAUUCUUCUCGGCAAGUUCAAGACAGAGACCAUGGGAAUGAAGACAGCAAAUAUUCGUCAGAGGAACGUCAAAGCAGAGUACGUGGGAGUGAUGAAUAUUCGUCUAAGAAAGAUCGAAGCGAAGGACAUGGAAAUGAAGACAGCAAAUAUUCGUCAGAGGAAGGUCAAAGCAGAGUACGUGGGAGUGAUGAAUAUUCGUCAAAGAAAGAUCGAAGCGAAGGACAUGGAAAUGAAGACAGCAAAUAUUCGUCAGAGGAAGGUCAAAGCAGAGUACGUGGGAGUGAUGAAUAUUCGUCUAAGAAAGAUCGAAGCGAAGGACAUGGGAAUGAAGACCGCAAAGAUUCGUCAGAGGAAGGUCAAAGCAGAGGGCAUGGGAAUAAAGUUGAUGAUCUGUCACAGGAAAAUCAAAGUGGAGGACAUAGAUUUGAAGAUCAGCAAUAUCCAUCAGAGAAAGGUCGAGGCGGAUUCCAUGGGAAUGAAGAUCGUGUUUUUUCUUCAGCGGAAGGUCUAAGCAGAGGACAAGGGUAUACAGAUAAAGGUUAUCUGUCUCAGGAAGGUCAAAGCGGGCAUAUCAGUGAUCGUGAACAUCCAUCAGAGAAAGGUCGAGGCGCAGUCCUUGGGAGUGGAGACAGUGCUUAUUCUUCAGGGAAAGGUCUAAACAGAGAACGUGGGAAUGCGGAUAAGGAUCAUGUGGCACAGGAAGAUCGGGGCGAAGGACAUGGAAAUGGUCAUGCUUAUUCGUCAGAAGGAGUUCCAUACAGACACCAUGGGAGUGAACAGGAUUACGGGUCACAGGAAGGUCGAAGCGGAGGACGUAGCAGUGAAGGUCAUGGAUAUCCAUCAACGGAAGGUCGAAGCGAAGGACGUGGAAAUGACCGCGCUCGGUUGUUAGAGGAAGGUCUAAACAUACGUCAUCGGAAUGAAGGUCAGGAUUAUCAGGCAAAGGAAAGUCAAAGCGGAGGACAUGGCCGUGAAGGUCAUGAAUAUUCACCAAUGAAAGGUCGGAGCGGAUUCCACGGGAAAGAAGGUCAUGCUCCUUUGUCAGAGGCAGAAGGUCUAAACAGACACCAUAGGAAUGAAGGUCAGGAUCAUCUGUACCAAGGAGGGCGAAGCGGAGGACAAAGGAGAGAAGAUUGUGAUUAUUCGUUUCAAGAAGGUCGGGACAGGCGAUAUAGGGAUGAAGAUCAAUAUUAUAUGCCACCUCGUGAGUAUUCGCCUUAUGAAGCAAAUAAAGGUCAAGACAAAGGUCAAUGGAAUGGAUAUUAUGGUUCGACACAGAAAGGUCAAAGCAAAGGUCAAUGGAAUGAAUAUGAUUCGACACAGAAAGGUCAAGGCAGAGGACGAAGGAAAGGGCAUCGUGAUUAUCCGUUUCAAGAAGGUCAUGACAAAGGACAGUGGAAUAAGGAUUAUGGUUAUUCGUCUCAGAAAGGUCAAGGCAGAGGACAAAGAAAUGAGGAUUAUGGUCAUCCGUCACAGAAUGAUCGAGGAAGAAAUUAUCGGGAAGAAUACUCGUAUGACAAGCAAGGUCGAGGCAAAUACCAGAAUAGACAGGAGUCUGAUGCAGAGAGAAAUGGCAGGCACAACAAAAAGGCACUGACUCCCCAGAUGCGAGCCGCGUUAACUUGCAGUGAGUGCGAUUCAUUCUAUAGUAAUGAAAAUCGUAAACCAAAAUGCCUUCAGUGUGGCCACACGAUAUGCUCUGUGUGUGCCUCUCAUUUGAUUCACCGAUCAAUAAUUGGGUGCCCUAAAUGUACCGAGCCUACCCGUGCUUCAUCUGUGAAGGAUCUGCAAGACAAUUUUGAGCUUCUGCGCAUGCUUGGCAGGUUAAAGGAUGUACCUGAAGCAUCCAGGGAAAAAACGCCGCCGUUAGUGUCCCCGCAUGGCAGCAAGUGUUCUGAGCAGGGAAUCUCGCCAACACACUUUUGCACCAAGUGUGAACAGUGGAUUUGUAAAGCAUGUGGCGAUGCAGAUCACUGGUCUCGAAGGCACUGUGAAGUCAUUCCAGUAAGAAAAGCUUUGGAGCAGAUGAAAUCGAAGUGCGAGGCAGAUGAACGUCAAGCCUCUUCGAACUUGUCGGCUGCACUGCAGGAAAUCAGCAGCUACCAGGUUAUUCUUCUGUCUUGCAUAAAUGUAAUGCGUGCUGCUCACGAGAGCUUCGGGAUGGAGGAAACCCAUGCUCGGGAUACUCUCGAUAAAGGUAAGCCUAAGCUAGAAACUCUGAAGAAAGCAGUUGCUGGCUUUCCGAAAGAUGGCGAUCCCAAGGAGGCCCUGGCGACCAUGAGGAACGUAAAGGACCAGUGUUCUGACAUCGAAGCCUGGUGCUCAACUCUGAUCAACAAUAUGAAGUUCUUAGAUGACUUCCGAAAGAUAUCGAAGACACUUCUCACCUUAACGGCUUACGUGCAUGCUAGUUCUGACUCGGGAAAGCCACCGCCUCUCGCCCGGAUAACGACUGCAGAUGGCCCAAGAUAUGCCAGGUUAAUUGCUGAAGACGGGAGAGUCCACGCGUAUUCCGCUCAAAGCCUUUCACCUGAGUGUGGUGCACGCGCUAUACCGAUGGAAAGCGUGAAGGCGCUAAUAGACUCCUCUUCGGCGCUCCUCUUUCUGGACCUCUUUUGGGGCGGCCGCAUGCAGGGUCGUGUCUACAUCCGCUUGACGGGAGACACCGUCCGAGGCCGCCUGUUCCAGUCGCUGUGCCUCGGGGACCUCGGCCACACGCACAAGAACGGCGGCUUCCAUCGCAUCUGGUGGAGGGGAGACGAGGGGAGCACAUUGGGGCGGGGACUACGGCCGUAUGAACGGGGCCCGGGGAGCUAUUCUCUGCGUCAGCGAGGAGCGGCUGGCGGCGGCCGCUUCGCCUCGCCCCAUCUGCAGAGGACUCGUGGCCGGCCGGUAUGAGAAGGAGAACAUAAGCACCAUAUUCCGCAUCUACACCAAGGGCGCCAAGGAAGGAACGGAAGAGGCAGCAUUCGGGAUAGUGGAGCACGGCCUCGACGUCGUGGCAGGAGCGGUGGGCCAGGGCAACGUGAGGGACAUUAGGAUUGCUGACUGUGGAGUGGUCAUUCAGAGCACCUAGGAGGGGUGGCCACACAAAGGGGGGGGGGGUGGGGUCGGGUGGCGCUGCCCGGCCUCUGCUGGCUGUGAAAGCUAGGGGGAUAUUGUUUUCAAUUCGCUUAGAUAUAAUACAUAUAUAUGAGGAGGUAGAAGGCCAUUUCUUAGUAAAUGGCCGACCUGCAUACCAAGCCCUGAGAAAGCUGAACUCCAAGCCCUCUUCACAGGUGACAGCAGUUCGCUCAG